AUGAACUCCUCAGAUUCGGAGGAAAUGAUGAUGUUCACCUCGGAUUCGAGUGACGAAGAGGACGAGCUGCUUGUGCUUAUUGCCAUCGAGGAGGAAGAAGCAGGAGGUGCGCGUCGUAGCAGGCAGCGUGGGUCGAUGCCCGGCCAUGCGGUUAUAGACCGGCAACACCGCGAAGGUGCUGCUAGGCUGUACGCCGACUACUUCGCCGACAACCCUGUGUACGGAGAUGUCCUGUUUCGUCGAAGGUUUCGUAUGUCGUGGCGGUUGUUCUUGCGUAUUGCGGCCGCUGUGGAGGACCAUGACACCUGGUUCAGGCAGGGAAGGGAUGCAACGGGGAAGCUCGGCCUUAGCCCCUUGCAAAAAAUGACAGCGGCCAUACGGCAACUAGCAUACGACGUCAGUUCCGAUGCAGUUGGCGAGUACGUGCGGAUAGGGGCGAGCACGGCGAUGCUGGCAUUGCGGAAAUAUGUGCAAGCUAUUGUGGAGGUGUUCGGAGAAGAAUAUCUCCGUGCUCCCAAUGAAGCUGACACCGCGCGCCUCCUGGCAGAAGGCGAGCGUCGUGGGUUCCCCGGAAUGCUCGGGAGCAUUGACUGCAUGCAUUGGGUAUGGAAGAACUGUCCAAAAGCGUGGCAUGACGUGUACACAGGCCAUACUCGCAAGCCUUCUAUAGUUUUGGAGGCGGUUGCGUCGCUUAUCGAUGGGAGUGCCCCACCUGUGUCGUACAGCAUAAAUGGUAACAGGUACGACAUGGGAUACUACCUCGGCGAUGGCAUCUACCCUGAAUGGGCGACCAUAGUGAAGGCAAUUCCUGCUCCACGAGGCAACAAGAGCAUCCAUUUCUCUGCGAUGCAAGCUGCUGUCCGCAAGGAUGUCGAACCUAGAGUAUGGGAUCAGCCUACAUUGCACAAUAUCAUGACCGCCUGUGUUAUUAUGCACAACAUGAUAAUUGAGGAUGAGCGCGGUGGCGCUUCCCCGGUGCAGGUGUUCGACUUCAUGGGGGAACCAACUCAAGUCCAUCGCAGUGGUGAUGAAGGUGUUCUGCAUUAUGUCGAAACAACUCAGGCUAUCCGCAACCGUGCGGUGCACCGUCAAUUCCGUGAUGACCUUGUGGAGCACCUUUGGAGUAUUCAUGGUGCACAGUAG